CACCUUAUAAUAUGUCCACAGACAGCUAAAGGAAACCCCCCUCGUGUGUUCAUACUUCAUGUCUUGUUCUUGGUGACACUGACACACGCCCCCUCUUGUCGUCGUUGUCGAGUCUAUAAGAGACGUGCGCUGGAGACGCACAAGUUAGUAUUCGUUCUAAAACGAAUGUUGCCACAUGAAUCAAUACGUGGUGCAGACUUAAUGUGACCUUAUAUUGUACCAUUUGUAUAGGCUAAAGUACACGUAUACAAACAUCUGUUUGCAUUUAUGUUCAUCUCGUUAAUUUAUUCAUUUCGGCGCAACUUCUCUAGUAGGUAGGAUUUGAUUUAUUCUAGGCUAGCGCGCACCUAUACGAAUAAGAAGACAUGGCACCAUGGACGCUGUUUACUUCUCUGCUCAUGUUGAGUAUUUUGUUUUUUGGCCAUGGAGAUGAGAUUGGAUGUAAAAGAUGGGAAGACAGUGACAAUGGACAAAUACGCUGCCUGGAAUGCGAGACAGGAAACCGCUUGGUUUUUGAAAAAGGUGUUAAUCCAAAGACGCUUUGCACUCCAUGUAAAAACGGCACCUACACCCGAACCAACCCCGCAUGGUCUUGUGACAGAUGCAAUCAAUGUGUUGAUCCGCAGGUUGAGGUCAAACGUUGCCAUGGGAUCACUGACACAGUGUGUGGGUGUAAGAAGGGGUACCGCUGUUACACACAGGACUGCUCGAUAUGUGAGAGAGAAUGUGGUCCAGGAACACAGCCAUCCAAAGGAAAAUGCCUGCCAUGUCCAAGUGGGACUUUCAAUGCUAAGAUUCAUGCCCAAUGCAUAGCAUGGACUAAUUCAAGAUGUCCUCAAGGAUACACUAUGAUCAACGGCAACGCCACCACCGACAGCAAGUGUGAUAUAUCGAACGAGAUCAGUACUAAGACCGUGCCUGUGACACCCAAGAUCAUGCCUUCGAAAAAACCUGAAGACGGGAGUAUGGCGCUGUUAUGGAUUCCCUUGGGUGUCUUUUUCUCAUUAAUCACAGUCAUAGUUGUUGUUUUUGGCUUGUUUAUUACUCGAAUGAAAAACAAUAAAGUACCUACCAAGACGCCAAUCAAAGAGCCACCUUUAACACCAGGUAUGCCACCAGAACCCUUCAGCCUGAUGCUCGUGGAACAGGAGGAGUGCAGCUUCCGCCAGCCCCAGCAGGAGCAGGGCAGCUCCAUGGAGUCCCUCUCCACCCAGGACUCCAUGGAGAAGCUCCUGCCUCCCGUCUGAUCUCCAUGGCAGCCGGCAGAGGAUCUUUCAGAGGCGCCCACCAAGGGCGCAGGCGCAAUAGAUGCUGUCGUUGCUACGGUUACUGCACCUGACCCAUUCCACUGCUCCACCUUACAUCAGCAACUCUUCACUGAACCUUGCUCUUGACGGACACUGUCAGCAGACCACCACCUGCAUUCUACGUCUAAUGUCGCUUUCCCAAGCAGUGGACACUAUGACUAAGCCUUUGUGACAUCAGCCUUGCUACCUCUUGUUUUGUUUAUUUUGUUAAUGUCAGUUUACACAGGGUCUAAUUUAUAUACAUCUUUUACAUCUGUUGCUAUGCAAGCAAGUCCAUUUUGGUAUUUACCGUAUGUAUGGUGGUAGCCCACCCCCGACUAGGUCAAGAGCUCUUUUGCCACACAGCUACCGGUAAUGACAGCCUUAUUUCAGUUUUACAGGCACGCGAGGCAAGUAGUGGAGACGACAGACACAGCUGCAGGCUAACCACAUGCGCACAUGCACACUUUCUAUUUUUGUGCCAGCAAGCCACCCCCAGCGUCACUUGUAAGGGGUUCCUGUAAUCUCUGGGUGGGACCCCUCAUUUCCUGGCAAAAAAGGCCACCCACAGAUCAACGGCACGUUGAGGAUGCAGGGCCACUUGAUGACAUUGUAAGCGUUGUUUCUAUAUUAGGAAAUGUAGGCUAUACUCAGGGACUUUGUAAGCAAUUUUGUACAUCAGGAGAUGUAACAGUAGGCCGCUCAGUGACUUUGUAAGCAUUGUUCAUGACUUGCAAGCAGAAGUGUGAACUUCACGAAACACAGAAGGAGAGAGGUUUUUGUACUUUGCACUUUCAGUCGCAUCAGCAAAGCUGUCAAACAUGACCACAGAGAUGUGGGCUACAUGCAUUCAACUCAAACGUGACCAAAUGGCACAGGUCCAAGAGGGUCUAUUAUGUCUACAUCGCCUGUCAUUGGCAGCAUAGCCACCUGUACUGAACUGCUGGUCCAGGUUUCUCUGUGGCCUAUUUGGCAGCACAUUAUCAUAAUUACUGAAGAGUAAUUGAACACAUGGGGGAAAUUCCACACGUAAAUGUCAUGCAGGCUAGAGGGUGAACCCAGUCUCUGCGUGUUACCUGUGGCCUUUGACGAUAGCACUGGCAUUUUGUGACUCAUAUCUUAUCAGGCGUCAUACUUACCUCUUGCAUGGUUUAGGUAAUAUGCACAGAGAGGCAUACCUCAGACAGGAUUUUACAAGCUGCAGACAUGCCUGCUCAGGUGAAAGGCUUUCGAGUCAAGUUUUUCUUGUACUCGACUCGACUGAACAGAAACUAGUUUCUAGUUUCAAACCAUCAGAUGCAAAUUCAUUGUGAGGAGUGAAUUCCAUAGAGGUGUGUGGAGUUCAAGGCCUAAGGACAAGUUCACGACUGAAUAGAGAUAAUGUGACUCAUUGCACACACACACAUCGAGUGAUGUGAGAAAUGUUAAUGGGACAGCCUAAUAUAGAUGAAGUGUGUAGUGAAUGAAAUGAGAGAAUGAAUGAAUGAAUGAAUGAAUGAAUGAAUGAGUUACUGCUGUAAAUGAAUUAUUAAUCAUUUUAUAUUGUUUCUAUUUAUAAAGCAUAUUGAGCAGUCACUUUGUGAAUCUUUUUGAAUAAUAAAAAUA